CCAGAAACAUUUCGAUAGGGUGGCUCCAGACAAUAUAACUAGGAAAAAUACGCCGUCUUGGGGAAUCGAACCCACGAUCACAUGGUUAAAAGCCAUACGCUCUUCCGGCUGAGCUAAGACAGCUAGAUGCGCCGUUGGGUACUUCGGACCUAUUUGAAUAAUACAAAUCUAAGUUUCAGCUUCUUCAAAGUUCAAACUGAAGAGUCGUGAAUUGAGGAAGCGCAGCGUCUCCAGAAUAUGGCAGAAAUUUCGGAGGCUCCAGAAGGAAACAUCACCCGAAAGCCGGGAACGUCUAGCGAACCACAUGAACUGGAUUCCGACUUCGACCUGAAAACCAUGCGCAGGACAAAACCUGGACUGAAGCGCCUCUUCCUCACCCUUUCCGUCCUCUUCUCCUUCCUCCUAGGUUUCCCGUUCUUAUGGAAAUCCGUCGAAAUCUACCGGUCUCCGUUGCCGUUUCGCGACAUCGAUUUGCUCUCUUGUCAGCUCCAGUCCGAUCCUAUACUUUUUCCUUUCAACUUCCAGGCUGUUUUUGUCGGUUUCGAUUCCAAUCCGGAUCACCUCCAUCAAUCAAUCCGCGGCGAGAUUAACGAACUGACGCUGCCGAACCCUAAAUGCGGCAUCACUGACAACUAUACUCUCUCUGUCACAGUCGAAUCCAGCUCAGCUUGCCUGCGGAACUCGAAUGCUUGGCCUUCAUCCCCGUGUUUGUACCAGUGCGGAGCAAUCACUGGCGUUGAUUUUGAUCGGAACGAUGAUGAGGCGGUUGACGAGUUGCUGCAGUCUGUUUUUGGAGGUUGUUCGGGUUCUGGAGGGAAAAUGAAGGAGUACAGGGUGGUGGUGGUGGUGAAUGGCGAGAAUCCGAGGGCUGUGGUGGGAAAGUACAGGAAUGCUUGGUUGGUCGUUGAUGGCAGUGAGGUGGAGGAUUUGGCGGCGAGGGUGGCUGAGGUGUUCGUGAAGGUGUUUAUGAAUGGAGGGAAAGAGGAGGGUUCCAUUCGAAAUGAGUUUAUGCCAGUGGGAGCUGAUGGGAGGAUAGUUCUUUCCUUCAAUUUGCUCAAUGCAGAUCCCGGUGACUGGAUCUAUGAUUGGGAUUUUCAGAUAAUAGAUGAGACUUUGUUGGCCCCUAUGAUUGAGGCAUUUGGGCCUGUAGCUAACAUAAGUGUGGAAAGUCAGGUUUUAUACCAUACACCAAAGGCCUCUUUCUCUCACUGGGAUCAGAAAUUGAAGAGCCAUGUCUUUAGUACCAAAGAUCUUCCUUUCUUUGUAAAUUCUAACGAAUGGCACUUGGAUACUUCAAUUGCAGCAGGUGGACGGUCAAAGAUAUUGCAAUUUGUGGUGUAUAUGCCAUCUGCAAAGGAAUGUCCUCUUCUUCUUCAACUUCCAGAUGGAGAGAUUUCUAAGACGAAUAGCUUUAUAUCUCCUAUGUGGGGAGGUGUUAUUGUUUGGAACCCACAAAGCUGUUUAAAGGAUUCAGAAAACAACCAUGCUGCAAGGCACACAAUUCCCAGUCAGGAUCUUGAGAAUAUUUUUGAAGUUUUCAUGGGACAAUUCCGGCAACUAUUUGGUCUCAAGUCUGUCAACCAUUACCUUGGUGCAUCAGGCCUGUGGGACCUUCUACCGAGUGAAAACAGCUUUACUGAAUGGGAGUUGGAUGUCCUAUCCCGGCAACACACAUGUUUUAAUCUUCAUUCAUGUGCUACCACACUUGGGUCUCUUUCAAGAUUGGUUCAAUCACUGCCAAGGAUGAUUAUUAUGGAUGAGAUAGGAAAACAGGUAAAGUUAUCUCUUGAGGCAGCAAAGUUGGCACAAAAUAAUGUCUCUUUUGGUGCGUAUGAACUUUCAGCUGCUUCAUCGAGGCAAGCAAGAUCUAUGGCAGAGGAUGCCUUUUACCACCCAUCUAUAAUGUCCGUCAGCUAUUACUCAUUUGAGCAUUGUUUUGCAGUCUAUUCGCCAUUCUUUCUUCCAGUUUCAAUGCACGUCCUGCUUGCAGCUCUAAGAGAAAUGAAAAGAUACAGGCAAGAAAAGGCGAAGUACCUAGCUUGGAAGGCUAAAGUUAAGGUAGCUUGAUCCUUUUUUCAAGAUCAUGGGCCUUAGAAGGUGUCUCAGCAGUUGAAGAGAAAGAUGUUGGUGGAAACAGGCUAUUUAGCAGCACAAGGGCAAGUUGCUUGGAAUAUAGGCUUCUAUCAGUAGCUGUCACCUCCUGUUUUGCAUCUUAUACACUAACAUCUACCGGCAAUUGAUAGGAGCCAGAAUUUGAAGGGAUUUGAAAGCAAUAAAUUUUGAGAUUAUGCUGAGUGCCGCUGGUUACCAGCUAAAUGAAUGAGACUGGAACCUGAUUCCAAAGCGUGGAGGAAAUAUUAUUUGUUUGUAAAGUGAGUGAUUAAAAGAUAUUAGAGGUGGCAUUCUUAGACUUAAUUCUGUGGUUUGCUGGAAAUGAUAUGUCUGCUUCAUUACUUUUUUAUUUAACGACAUUGAUGAUUUGGUGGGUUGGGGCUGCAUGCUAAGCUAAUCCACAUUGCUCAAUGCAAACAAUGAGUCCAUAAACGAAAAUAAAAGUGACAUUGUUUC